CUGAGCUGGAGGAGGAGAACUAUCAUCUUCGUAGUGAAUUGCAGACAGAAGUUGAUAUUAACCGCCAGAAUGAGAGACGAAUUAAUCAACUGGAACAGGAUUAUGCCCGAUGUGAACAGGAAAUCCAAAAUCUUAAUAGGGAAAUAGAGCGUCUCGAAAAUGCUUCAGAAGAAGAGAUAGUAGAGUUGAAAUCCGAAAUAUCCAGCCUAAAAAGUCAGCUAUAUCAAGCUAAGAAAGAUGUGCGAGAUAAAGAAAAGUAUAUCUCUACUCUAGAAGAGCAAUUAAUUCUUGAUACAUAUGAAAGCGCUAACCCUUUCCCUGAUACACUUACUAGAGAAGAAAUAAUGAGAGUGGUCGCAAAAGCUUAUGGGCCACCUCCUAAACCGCAAAAGCCAGAAAAGUUGCAAUCAUCUAGAAUCGAUAGAUUAGAAUCAAAAAUAGAUGAAAUUGGAUAUCACUAA